AGCCGGCGUCGCGUUUCCCUGGAGACCGAGACCGCAGAGCAAACAUCAAGUCUCCUUGGGAAGUUUGAGUGGCCUGGGCUACCGCGCGAUCUACGCUGAGACAAGGAUAUCGGAGGAGCCAACUGGGCAUUCUGGAAAAUCAGGGACCCACAGACUCACGACUUUCCUUCCAUUCUCCCCAAUGGCGCAAGUCUCACAGAGACUCAGCCACUCUGGGUUUUACUACACAGACCCCAAGUUACAGGUUCUGGAUUAUGUUCCAUGGCAGUGGUCCAAGCAGAAAACCAAACCAUCUACUUUUCCUCCAGUCCAACAAGCCGGCAGCCACAAUAAAAGCAAAAUGAAGACUUUGACUAAGGUCCAACCAGAAUUGCACUCCAAGCCCACCAUGCUGGUGGCAAGCCAGCCGAAGAGUCCACGAGAACAGCUGCGCAGAAAGGAGAAGCUGGACCCUAAGAAGACACAGGCCAAAAUCCGGAUAAUGAAGGCGAUGCUCAAGAGCAGGAGGAUCUCGCUCCAGGAGCUCCGCAGCCACGAGUACUUCCUCACCAAGUUCAACCAGGAUCUGAUCAAGACCAUCCAGGACAUGGAGGACAGCACGGCCCUUAGCGUGCGGGCGAUGCUGCAGCAGCAGGACAUCCUGGCGACCAUCAUCGACAUCUUGGAGUGCUCAAACAAGAAAAGGCUGCAACAGUUGAAGUCUGAGCUUCAGGAGUGGGAAGAAAAGGAGCAAUGCAAGAUGAAGUGCCUGGAGCAGCAGGUGGAGAAGCUGAAUGCCAAGGUCAAGCGGACCCGCAAGGAAGUGUCCUUCCUGAGCAAUUACAUGGAUCACGAGUACUCCGUCAAAUCGGUCCAGAUUGCCAGCCUUGUGCGCCAGCUGCAGCAGCUUAAAGACAGCCAGCAGGAUGAGCUGGAUGACCUUAGUGAGAUGCGUAAAAACGUCCUGGAAUCUUUGUCCAACAAGGUGGAGAAUAAGAAAAUAAAAAUUCUGAAGUCUCUGGUGGUGAAAACCCAGUCUCCCUACCAGGAGGCUCUUCUACAGAGGGUCCAGGCUAGCCAGGGCAUGCUGGAAGUCAUGAACAAGUACAGAGACUUUAUUGACCAGUUUGAGGAGGAAAUGCCCAUACUCAAGGCCGAGGUGAAAGAGCUUGAAGCCCAGAUCCAGGAACCGCGAGAGAUUGUAUUUAAGGAUGUUCUGCUUCGGAGACCCAAGUGCACCCCAGACAUGGAGGUCAUCCUCAACAUACCUAUGGAAGAGCUGCUACCCUUCUAGAUGGCGGUGCCGUGGGCCACCCCUUCCCUCCCUGCCCUCUGCCCAGACCUGGAGCCUUGAAUCCUUUAUUUCCAGGACCGUGUUUCCAUUUAGACACUGAUCUGCAGUCCAUUCGUCCCUCCAUCCCUCCCUCAUUCCCUCCUUUCUUUCCUUCCUUCUCUUUGUUUUUCUCUUUCUUUCCCUUCUUUCUUGCUGGUGCUACUGCUCGGCUAGGUGGAAAUUCCCAGGUAAAUCUGUCAUGCCUUCUACCAAUUCUUUUACCAAUAAAGCUGGACUUGCA